AUGAACCCUAUAAGAUUAUUCAACUUCCCAUAUGUUGUCCAAAGAGAAAUAAUGGACUCAAUGGAUCUUCACACUAUAUUUCUUCUUUCCAUCUGCUCCAAAAGGAUGAACAAUUUGAUUGUAUCAGUGGAGAAGGCUAGAUUCAAUAAAAUCAAAUAUAUUCUGUACAAGUUGACUAAUUUUGUUUCGAUUGAAGCUGUCAAUUAUGAUCAUACUUCUGAAGUAAUUUUAACAAUGGACACGACGCAUUGUAACUUGAUGAAUAAAAAAAAGAAACUCUACAUUUCGGAUACUCUUAUUGAAUCCAAAUGGUAUACUGCAAGAAGGACUAAGACUGCUUUUGCCGAUGAAGUAUUCGAAUCAGUUCAAAGACAUAGCUAUGGAUUGUUCGGGGACAAUAAAGAAUGCAAACUGGACAUUAAUAUAUAUGCUUAUGGAUUCAGACUACCAAAACUGAAAAAUGUUAGUGGAAGUAAUAUACAUAUAGUUCCAUCUGUUGACGGAAAAACUCUAAAUGAUUACUUCUCUGCCUCUCCUAAUCAAGAUUUCAUUAAUUUGUCUGGAGUAAAACCAUGUAAAUUGAAAGGGAAUUCUAAGUUAUAUGAUAUAAAUUGCAUAUAUACUUUUGAUGACAAAUCAAAACUUGUGCCUAAUUUAUUACGGAAGUUUGGUGGGAGACAUGCAUUUAUUAGAACAUCAAAACUCGAUCACCGUGAUGUGAUUCAAUUUUUGAAAAAGUGGAAAUCGAAUGAGUCAUUUGAGAAAUUAGAGAUCUUGCAAGUAACCUUACGAGAUAACUCUGAUUCUGAGCCUAUGAAUCCAGUUGAAAUCAAAAAUGCAAUUGACAUCAAGAUGUUGAGCGAAUCCGUCAAUUCACCAGUUUACAACUGCAAAACAAGGCUAGUUCUCAGCAUUUUUCGCACCAACCCAUUGUGA